AUGGCACAACAACAGUCGAAGAGAAUCAAACGAAGCAAAACUCAGAACAAAACAAGAAGUGUAGACUCAGAAGUAUUUUCGGAUUCUGCUGCAAGAAAUCAGUUAGCAUCAAAACCCAAACUUACUGAAAAAUCAAAAGUAAGAAAGUCAUCAAAGUCAGCCAUUAAAAAGCAACAGGCUAAGGUCAGAUUGUACGGAGCAAAGAAUGGAAGUAAAUUUUCUGAAAGUGAGUUGAAGAUUCCUACCUUGAAUAGAGCUAUAACUCCUGGUAUUAAGGGAAAGAGAGGUAAAAAAGGCAAAAUAUUUGUAGAUGAUAAUGACACCUUAAAAAUGAAUUUACUUGUUAAAUCCAUCAACGAUAAGUACGACGAGAAAAAUGAAAGUAAGUUAGAAAAAUCAAGGAGAUUGGAUGAAAUUAGAGAAUUGAAAAGACAAGAGCUUGACAGGAAAGAACAGCAAAAGAAAGAUAAGUUAGAAGGUAAAAAGACUGAAGUUAGAAGUAAAGCUUCUUUGGCCAGAUCUAAUAGGCGAAAAAAUGCAAAAUCUAAAAGAAUUGAUGAUGACAAUGAUGGCACACGUAAAAUAAAAAAGGUAUCUUUUGCAUGA